CCCCUCCUCCCGUGCGUGUAGUGUGUUGACUGACUGGUUUUACUCCGGGUUGUGGACAAGCAAGUUAGACAGUUUCGUCGACAUUUAUUCUGUUUCCAUUAAGACACAACUAACCAAAGAUCAUGAACAGCCUAAUUAGAUCUACUGCGCGGUGUCUGCGGUCUGGGGCAGCGGUCUAUCUGCCAAGACAAGCCGACGGACGCGUGUGGUCGGCCUCGGCCCGGCUCCUGUGCGCGGCGGCGGACCUCCAAAAAGACCUUGGUGAGAUGGUGAAGAAGGACAAAGUGGUGGUCUUUAUGAAGGGGACACCGGCACAGCCCAUGUGCGGCUUCAGUAACGCCGUGGUGCAGAUCCUCCGGAUGCAUGGGGUGGACGACUAUGCUGCGUACAACGUGCUGGAGGACCAGGACCUGAGACAAGGAGUCAAGGUCUUCUCCAACUGGCCCACGAUCCCUCAGGUGUACUUCAAUGGUGAGUUUGUGGGAGGCUGCGACAUCCUGCUCCAGAUGCACCAGAACGGAGAUCUGGUGGAGGAGUUAAAUAAGCUGGGCAUCCGUUCUGCGCUGCUGGACGCUGAAAAAGAAUCCAAGUAGAGGACGAGUGUAAACUUCAAACAGCUGACGAGACAGAGGACACAUUUAUCAGGUCGAAUCCCCCACUCAGAUGAUCGCAUAUGAAUCAACUCUCUAGGCAGCCAUUGGCAAAACUGACUCAGAGUGCAGAUGAAUGUGACAAGUGUAAGCAGUUUUGGUGGCAGCAUUGUAUCUUGAGUCAUGAACAUUUUUACGCUUUACCGUGCUCCGUAAACAGUUUAGAGUGUGAUGCAGAGCUCCUGCUGCACUGCUUGUUCUCUGCUCAGGUCCUUUUAGUGUGCACAGAGUAUGUACCUGCCAGGGGAGGACUUUAAAUCUUGGAAGAAAAAAAAAAUAGUGGACAGUGUCUUCACAGGGAUUCAGAAUCAUUUUUACCUACAGUACAAUUGUACCAAAUUUCUCACCUUGUUUUUUAAGCUGCAGUAACAACCACCUGGGGGCUAGAGAAACAAUCACCUUUUCAGAUGACAUGGCAAACUCUUUAGCCACAUUAGGCUUUGUUUUGAGUUCUGUCUCUGGCCACAUUAUGAAUUUUUUCUAGUUCUGUGAUGUCUCCAUUAGAUCCUGAGUAAAACAUGUGGUCCUUUAGCUGCCAAAUACUCCACUGUGCUCACUAGCUGGUGGCUACCUUUGUUGGUCUGGUGUUUGGUGCUGGGCUAGUAGUGCACAGUGGGUAUUAACAGCUGGUUGGUCAAAAAUGUUGCCACGUGAGCUGAGAGAAUGAACCAAAACAGUAAAGUGCUGGGCCAGAAAACCAAAAUAAUAGAGACACUAUAAAGCUCCAUAGAGCUGAGGGGAACUGCACAGGCAAUUCUCUGUGGCUUCAUCAUUAAUGAGCAGCCCCGUUCACAUUACAGAUAGUCUUCAUCCAUUGUAAUUAUAAAAAUGUUGAUUAUUGCAGCUUUAAUAUUUCCUUAUCACCUAACAGAGUGAGGGAAAGCUAAUCUUUGCCCUCGAGUUGCUUUCAUAUCUCCACUCACACAAUUCUAAAUUUUAAAGAUGUUGUAAAAAAAUAUAUUAAAAAUCCAUAUCUACAUAGUUGUUGGAAUCACAGGCUUUUUGGGAUAACUACAGCAACGAGCGUCCAACUAUAACUGCACUGCUGGAGUUUCACAUUGAGGUUGGACUUCUACUGCCAAAGGGAGAGUCAGGUUCCCUACCCAUGCUUUAAUCGGUUUACACAAGAAUGCUGUUAACCUCUCUCAUCCUGCCCUUUAAAAUCCCUGCCACCUCUACUGUCCACCUAUUUUCUCAAGUCACAGUCAGUUCAAGACCAAAUGACCCUCACGGUGCUCCAAGAACACACCAGGAAACGAUGGCAUCACACCAGACACCUUCCAAAUGCACUGCCUGUACUUACAUUACCCCAGAAGGAAGAACAAAGAGGGACAACGCUGUCAUUUCAACAGGUUCACGUGUUAGGGAUUAAGAAAACUGAUGGAGGUUCAUAGUUAUAUAAACAACUGCACCACAAGUGAGUUUGCUUUUUUUUUUAAGUGAAGGUAACUAAAGACAUGGACCACAGCUCACUGACCUCAUUACACACACGUACUGUCAAAAUAGCUUUGGUGGAACCAACAACACUGUCCCCUAUUUGUUCUUCCUGCCAGGAACCACAUACAAAACAUGUCCCCUCUGUUUUGAUGUCUACACCCGCUGAAACGCAACAAACGUACCAUGAUACCUUUUCUCUUUUUCCUGAGGAUGACUGAUUUACAGUACACCUGGACAAACCGAAACAGUGCUGUUUGAGGUUUGUUCAAUAUGCUUGAGUCUGGGAUCGGUCACUGAAGGAAAAGGAGUGUUUUUGUUUUGAGUUUCGUCACUGAGCCUAAGAAGUCCUGAUCUUCAUCAGUCCUACAGUAAAUGUCCCUCCUGCUGCACACAGUUGUAUUAUCAAAGCAAUGGUCAUGUAGUACACUGUAAGAUAUUGUACAUUGAAAGCAUAUUAUUAAAUGUAUUUUAGCUGCAUGUAAACCCUGUACCGAUUAAAUAUUUUGUGACACAAA